AUGCUUGUAUAUGAAAAUAAAGAUAACAUCAAGGGCUCAUAUUGUAGCGGCUCGCUUAUUAAUAAAUAUUUCGUAUUAACCGCAGCAAAUUGUGUAGAUGACAAUCUGAACCGCAAAAUGGGUUGGUUUUUCCUCGAAGUUCUUCUAGGCGAAUGGGAUAUAACUAUGAGUGAGGAUUGUGAACGUGCCGGUAAACGUGAGGCUUUUUGUGCACCGCCACCCAUCACUAGGAAAUUGGCAAACAAAAUCAUUCAUCCAGAUUUUGAUAUACAACAACAAUCCCAUAAUAUUGCUCUCUUACAGCUUAUGCAUAGAGUUGAGUAUACAGAUUUUGUUAGUCCCAUAUGCUUGCCAGUGACACCGCAUCAGGACUUAUUAGGUUACGCUAAUGUUAGUGCAGAAGUUACCGGUUGGGGCAAAACCAAUUUAGCUCCAAGUAGUCCAGUUAAAAUGAAGGCAACUGUACAAAUACGCAAUCUCGUUGAGUGUGUGGUGCGAAUGAAAAAUUUGGGUGUGGAUUAUGGCAUUAUAUAUUCAUCGAAUCGGCAAUCGUGCGCAAUGGGCGAGGAUACAAAUGCCUGUAAAGGUGAUACCGGUGGACCGUUGAUGAUUCGUGAUAUACAAAAUAAUAUAGAAUCUUAUUAUUUGAUUGGCAUAACGUCGUUUGGUUUCGAUACGAAGACAUGCACGGUGAAGGGCUUUCCGAGUAUUUUCACACGCGUUGCACCAUAUAUACUAUGGAUUAAAGAAACUAUUUCGAGUUCUUAAGGCAUAUGGUCACUAUAGCGAAUAUAAAAUCAUGUGCAGAUACAUUAAUUUUUUACUUGUGUAAUCAUUU